AUGAACAGCAGCAGACUACGGCACAUCGAAAAUGCGCUAAACAGCUUCAACUUCAUGUCCCCCCUGGACAUAUACAUGCGGCUGUACUUCAAGGGGAACAACAUAAAGAGUAGAGACAAGCCGUUCAUCUCGGAGCACGUGUACAAUAUAAUGCGCAACAAGACGCUCCUUUCAUAUUUGUCUGCCCCCUCUCCUCUGUACACGAACGUGGUUAAGACGUACUUCUCCUCGGACAAAUGGAAGUACGAAAUGAACAACGAUAAAAUUCCGGCGCACGUGCGGUACUCAUUUCCGAAGGAAUUGUACGAACAGUUGGUCAACUGCUACGGAGAGAAGAAAAGCCACACGCUCAUGUCGAUCCUGAAUGAGAAGGCACCAGUAUUCUUACGAGUGAACACAAAUAAAAUAUCACGUAACGACCUGUACAAACUUCUAAUGAGCAAAGGAGUAUCUGUUGAAAAAUGUGUAAAUUCUCCACAAGGAUUAUUAUUAACAAAGAGUUGUGUCCUUAAAAAUAAUCACGAAUAUAAUAAGGGUUACUUUGAAAUUCAGGAUGAAGCCAGCCAAAUAGUUAGCUCGAAAAUACCUGUCCAGCCAGGUUAUAAGGUAUUAGAUUUCUGUGCAGGGUCAGGUGGAAAAACAUUAGCUUUUUCACCAAUAAUGGAUAACACAGGAAAGAUAUACCUUCAUGACAUACGAGACAAAAUGUUAUCACAAGCAAAAGUGCGAUUGAGGAGAGCAGGUAUUCAUAAUUAUAUUCUUCUAAACAGCAAUCAUAUUUUAUUAAAGAAAUUAGUUGGGUACAUGGACACUGUGAUUGUGGAUGCCCCCUGCACCGGAACAGGUGCCUUAAGGAGGAACCCCGAAAUGAAACACAAGUAUAGCAACAGCAAGCUCUACGAUUAUGUGAAUCUGCAAAGACAAAUUUUUCAACAGGCCUUACUUUAUUUGAAAAAGAAUGGCAAAAUUGUUUAUAUCACUUGUAGCAUAUUAGAUGCAGAAAAUGUUCAUCAAGCAAAGUACUUUUGUGAAAAGCACAACUUGUUUUUGUCUGAACCUCCAUUCCAUUCCUUACCGCAGUCCAAGUCUAUGGACGGGUUUUUCUUGGCCAUAUUUGAACGCCGGGACUGA